AUGUUAAUUUGAGAGAUCUGCGAUGAAACCUCUCGAUGUUCGGAAUCAAUUGUUUAUAGAAUUUACGACUGUAAUGAGUCCAGUAUUGUUGUCAUUAAAAUCAAUAGUGUUCUGGAAUGACAGCUGCUAACUUAAAACACAUUAGUCAAAUGUGCUAAGCCGUACACUUUUGAUGGGAUUUAGCUUCCUGUCAAUAGCUAGCUGGAAUAAACAUAUUUAUAACGGAAACACUUGAAACAGGGACACAGUUUACAUGCUGUUGCAUAAUGGUACAUACAUAAAUAGUGAAAAUGAUGGACAUUGGAAGUAAUUUAGAAAUUCAUAUCAAGUCGACGAGCAAUGAAAACGAGACAUUUAUAGCAGUAGUUGAUACUGUACGUAAAGACAAUGACGAUAUAGGUGCUCUGUAUUAUGUUGUAGCAGUGGUGCUAAUCUAUGGAUUAUCAAUCGUAAUGAUGAUAGCUUCACACAUCCGCAAAAACAAGCAAGAUAACCAGCUACGUACGUACAUCAAGGAAAUGGCCAUGUUACGGAAAACGGAUCGACGUGAAAAAUUGGUAGAUAAAAUUCAGAAUUUGCCAAAUAUAGCGAGAAGCUUAAUGCACAUGGAACUAAUAGAGAAAGCGGAUGCUAAUAUAAACGAAGAAGAUGAAGAUUCACGGGAAAUGUUAUUGUGUAAAAAUAGUACAUUUAACAGUAGUGAUUCGGUUUUUCAAGGUCAGUAUGAGGAUAAUCCAGAUCCUAAUGUCAAUGUCACUCCAAAGUCAGAUCACAGCAAAUCAAAUAUGUACAUACAAGUCAUCAAUGAAAAUGCUCCUUUGUGAGCUCUCUGAUCUGUGUCGCUUUGGUGCUGACUAAGCAACUAUUGUGUCUGUUAAAUAUUGUCGUCGUAUUUGAAUUGUAUAAUUCUGGGAUAAAAAAAAAAGAUAUAUUGGUACACGAGAGAAGGUUAAUUGUUUAUCAAUAUGUCAUUCUAUUGCAAUUCAGAUAUGUAAUUUGUGAUCUUAACUCGCUUUUACAGUUUUAAUUCUAGAUACAAUUUGUGUGACGAUAUAUAUAUAAUAUUAACUUAAAAUAUUAUAGAUUGGUAACUAUGGACAUGUUUGCGCUUAUCGUCGAGAGAUAAAUUACAUGACAUUCAGACAAUUAAAACAUUCUUGAUUGGUGCUUCGUUUUCAAGAAGACAUUAUUUGUAAUACAUGUUAGCCAUGUUACUGUUAAGGUUGUGAUUUGUUGUAUGUUUCAAUCCCUGAGUGCCUAUAAGGAUAUCAAUUCAUUUUUCAUUAAAAAAAAUUGUACAUGUAUUUAUUUUUGGGAUAAUAAAUAAUACUCACUGUUAUGACAACUUGUUUUAG